CCAUCAGGCCGGGGUGCUGUUGUAUGUGGAGAGCAUGUGAGUGGAGUGGAUAGGCGCUCGGUUAAUUGCAGCGUACACACCGUAUUAUUUUUUGUACCGUAUUUGCCACAAGCAGGCGGAGCUAAGGAGGCUGAGACGGAGGGAUGCUGCUGAAUAGCAGGUGGAGACCGCGGAUGUUUACGGGAUGCGCUUUGCCGAAGGAGUAACGGAGGAGGCCGGAUAAGAGACUUUUAAAAGAGUAGAUUUCACGCAGAGGACGGUUCUGUAUGUGUUUUUAAUCGGUGAGAGGAGGAAGGUGGAGGUGGGGGGGGCACACAUCUGACCGAGAGGCUGCGAGAGGCUCCGUCUGUGUCUGUCGUGUCGCCGGAGGUUGCGACGAUGUGAUGCUCCAUCGCAGGGUCGACGGCCGAAGCCUUUUUCCCUGAAACCUGAUAUUAUGCAGGGAACAAGGGGGGGUGGACGGAUCACAGGGGAACAAAGCACCGGUACAGAAAACGUUUUGCACACUGGCAGAAAAGUCUAGGCCUUCUCUGUUUGUGAGGUGUGAGUCCAUGUUGGUGAGCAGAGCAUAAUGGAUCUGCCCAGGGCCUGUUUACCACAGAGCAGCGUCUCAGUCAAGUUUUGCAGAUGAAGCUUCUACUAUCAGCAGUAUUAGCCAACGAUGGUUGACCCCUCGGAGCCUGAGGAGCAGAAUAAGUGUAAAGGUCCGCAGCUCGAAGCUCCGGCUGUGGCCACUGAAGACCCUCGACUGCCACAAGAAGCCGAUGGCACGACGACAGAGGAGGAUGGAGACGCCGGUUUCGAAACACCACCCACCGGCAGUUCUGAGCCGAGUCCCUGCCACUCCGCGUCCCCGGUGGGGCCAGACGCUGCCUCUCAGGGGGCAGCGCCUCAGCAACCACAGACUCAGACGGAUCCACCUCCCAGGCUGCACCUGGACCUGUUCAACUUUGACUCACCAGCCGCAGAGGGCAGUCGCUAUGUGCUAACAAGCCCCCGCUCAUUGGAGGCGUGUGCGCGAUGUGGGGUCAAACCUGUGGAGCUGCUGCCCCGCCCGCUCACUGACUUCGCCCGCGAGGCUCCUGGACGCUCCAUGCGUGUCGCUACAGGACUGUAUGAAGUGUACGAGAGGGACAGGCACGCCAAGCUGAGGCAGUGCAGGGAGGAGAGGGAGAGGAUUGUUAGGGAGGAGAAAAGACGGAUUAUGCAGGCGACAGUCAAUAGCAGUAGCAGUGUGUCAUCCUCUUCUGUGGACAAAGCCCCUUCUGGCUCCAGUCAGCCUCCUGCAGCUGUGCCAGUGACCUCCAGCUCAGCCCCGGAUGUCGGAGCGUCCUCUAGAGCCACAGCAUCAGCUCCAACCUCUAAAACUGGUACAGCUCUCGUAUCUAAAGCCCCUGCCUCCGGUCUCAGUACCUCCCCUAAAUCUGCAGGAUCUCCUCAGUCAUCAAAAACUGGUUCUACAACCUCUACACCACCUUCCAAGGCUGGUUUCCAGGGACCUGCCAAGCAUCCUUUGACCUCAUCAACUGAACAUGUGAAAGCCACACGGCCGCUCUCGUCCGGCCCUCCGCCGGUGGUCAGGAAGUCCUCUGGUGGUAAAUCUUCAAACACUUUCCCCAGGUCAACGCCAAAACCGCCCGCCUUCCCCAGAGCCAAUACCACGUUGACAUCAUCGGUGUCCAAACCUGCACCUCAGAGCGCCGGGACGCCUCUGAACGGUGUGACAGGAGGACCGUUCACUCAGCACAACGGACAUCUUGGACUUCAGUCCAAGGUGAAAGGAAGAAGCCAUUCGCUGGAGUCCCUACAGCGAAGGAUGGAUCCCGUCUGCUCCUCCACCUCCACCACCACCACUACCACCACAUGCACCUCAUCAGAGUCAGGUGCUUCCUCCUCUUACAGUUGGGACGGUGCACGAGAUCACUGGGCUAAAUUCUCCAGCCCCCGUGCUCGCACCAUGGCGACUUUCAACUCCCUGAUGGGCCGCAGCCUCAGCCUCGGUGACCUGAGCCACUCUCCUCAGACGACACAGAAGGUGGAGCGCAUAGUGAAGGAGGUGAAACGCAGAGGCCUGAAGGCCGUGUCCGAGCGAGACCGCAAGAUCGCGGCGUUGAUGCUCGCUCGAUAUCAGGAGGAAGACAUCAUGAGUCAGACUCGCUAUGUGGCUCAUCUUCAGUGGGACAGCGAGCGCAGAAUGGAGGAGCUACGGCGAGAGCAGGAGGACAGAGAGAAGCAGCGAGCGGUGCUUCAGUGCCAGCGAGUGUGGCAGACACAAGUGUCAAUACGUCAGAGACGACUGAGCCAGCAGGAGCGAGAAUCAGCAGCUGCCAAAAUGCGACAAGCUGAGGAGAACGAGGAGCGAUGGAGAGAGCUCGCGGAGCAGCAGGAGCGAAGCCGCCUGCUGAGGUUACAGCAGGCGGCACGAGAGGAGAAGCAUAAGAAAGCGCUUCAGGAACAGAACCUGAAGGCUCUGGAGGAGGAGAGGGCGGCCAUGCUGGAGCAGGAGAGGCUGCUGCUGAGAGAGAAGCUCACCAUGGCUGAGCUGAAGAGACAAGAGAAGGAGCACCAGGCCCAAGAGGAGAGACUGGGUCUGAACAAAGCUGAGAAGAGACGUCACGCUGCCCUGAUACAGGAAAUAGCUCGCAGAGAGAAGGAGGAGAGGGAGGAGGCCAGGAGGGCGGCGGAGGUGAAGCUCAGCCGCUCCCUGGAGAAUUACGAACAGAUAGUUGAGCGUCGAGGGCAGGAGCUGAAAGAAAAGGCCAAACGUGAGGAGAAGCAGAUCCAGAAAGCACGCAAGGCGGCGGAGAAGCGUGAGAAGCAGCAGCAGCAGCUGCUGGAGGCUCGCGUGAAGGAGGCCGAGAAACGAGCCCAACAGGCAGCGCUAGUGGCCGAGGAGAAGGCCAAAGAGAAAGCUCAGCGGGCCGUCCAGAGCCGGCAGGAGAAGGAGCGGCUCCAGAAACUCAACCGACAGCGUGUGGAGGAGGAGGAGAAGCAGAGGCGCCUGGAGCUGCUCCAGUCCAUCGAGAGGAAGCUGGAGAAGAGCGAGCAGAUCUUCAGAGAGAAGAGGGCGGUGCUGGAGAGCGCUCGCUCCGUGGCUCGAGCCUCUUUUCAUGUGCGAGACAAAGUGCGGGAGGAGACCAACAUGCGCACUUUUGAUAAAAUGGCCCUGGAAGCACAGCUGAAAGCCAGUCUGGAUGAGAAGUAAACCCUCAGCUUUGCUGUCAGCUCUCUCCUUCUGGUCAUGUGCUCGGCUCCUGCCUUCGUUAUGACCCUCGUCACUCAAAGCUUUACCCUUCUUCUCAUACACAGUGUUGUUUUGUCCUUAUGUAUCUUUACCCAUCUGCUUGUUUGAUCACAUUUUUGUUCCAUCAAAGCAAACCAAAUCAUUUUGUAUCACGGAUGUAAUGAGACUACAAACUAUAUCAUCAGCUGUUACACAUUAACAGUAAAGCCUGUGUGGGACUCCAGUAGACUUCAUAUUAGAUGAGUGUAGAGAGAGUAACACAACCCCUCGCUCUCUUCCUCUUCGCCCUCUGCUCCGUCUGUCUCAGCUACUGGACUGAAAGCUGUGCUGGAAUGAAAAGAGUCAUUGUUUACCAGGAAGCACAACUCCAUGACAACUGCAGAGGCUUUUAAGGGAAAAUUAAGCGUAAGAAGAAAUCAAAAGCAGAAUGCAAAUGGUUCUCCAACCCCAGAGCAACCGAGGGAUCCUUUUGUAGACACACUGCGACACGGCUAAAUAAAGCAUGGAAAUAAAGCCCCGGGCCGGACACUCGUCUGUACCUAACUGCUGUCAGUGCAGCACAGGAGGGCCGUGUGCACGGGCCCCGUGCUGACGAAGCAUCAGAGGACGGCGGCCUCUGCAGCAGAGCCAUCCUUCCUCUCGCUCAUCUUCUUCAAAGACUCCCUCCGUCUGUCUGUCCUCCUCAUGUCACAUUACAAUAAACAGUGAAGUGCUCUGAGAGACAGACGCCUCUUGACUCCCCCCCCCCCCUGCAGUCAAAUCUGCUACCAGCACAGCAGCCUGGGGACCCUGCCAAGGUCAACAGGUCCUGGUGAUGAAACCUACAAUCCUCCCCAGCUGAACCCCUUCUUCCUCCCCACACUGAGCUUUGUAAGUGUACAACAAACAAGUCUCUCCUCUGAUGGACAUGCAUCCAUAUCACAGUUUUUGUAUUCACGGUGCCAUCUAUUGUGCUGCUGAGAGCGGGGACUGAGAAAAGCUAACCCAGAUGUGAACCUUCAGCCUUUUACCUGUAUAAAUGAAACGACAUUUACCAGGAUCAAACACAGCUUUAUUAGCAUCAAGGCAUGUUGUUCAGUCCAUAAUAUGUUCCUUCUCACCCGACUGUGACGCGUCUUUUCUCUAUCAUCUCCGGUGUUACGUUACUUAGCGUUUGUACAGGAUCAUAAUUUGCUCGCUUCUGUGAAUUACAUUGAGUUGCUUCGUCAAGAACAGAUUUUCAGAUGUAGCAAUAAUGAAAUGGUCAAGGUUAAUAUCAGACACAUCUGUGAGCUCAUUGUUUUCAUCGACCCUCUGUUAAAGAAAAGGACACAAUCAAAACCAGAAAAAUAAAAACAAACAUUUUUCAACAUGG